AGUGUGAAGCGAGCAAGCGGGGCAAAGGUUUUGCGACGCAGAAAAGACCCCUGUCCCCCCUGCGACGAUCGGUCCAGCUCUCGGCGUCCAUCCAUCGCCGAUCCCCUUCGCCUUUAAUGCAGCCUUUCUGUCCCUUAAAGAAGCUACCACGACCCAGCGCUCCCGCCUUCCUUCUCCUGCUUGCUACCUCUCCUCCCUGAUUUCGCCUCUACUUUUUGCUUGCUCAGCUAGCGAGCGCGAGUGGCGCUCUCAUGGCGGCGUCCCGCUCGCCCAGGGUCGUGAGGGAGGCGCCAGCCGCGGGCUGCGCGGACGCCAACACCACGUUCGUGCAGGCCGACCCGGCCACGUUCCGCGCGCUCGUGCAGAAGCUCACCGGCGCGCCAGGCGGGGCGCCGGCGGAGAAGAAGCAGCAGGAGGAGGCCGUCAUGACGACCGUCGCGCAGCAGCAGCAGCACGCGCCGCCGCCGCCGCCGAGGCGGCCGAAGCUGCAGGAGAGGCGGCGCGCGGCGCCGGCCAGGCUGGAGCUGGCGCGGCCGCACCCGUCGGCGUCGUCCUUCUACUUCUACCACCACCGCGGCCACGGGCUCAUGCACUCACCGGUCUCGCCCAUGGACGCCUACGUCCUGCAGGCCUCCUCCUCCUCGCCGUCGCCGCUGUCCUCGUCCUCGUCGAUGUCGCCGUCGCCGCACAGCUCGUCGCCGUCGUGCGGCGGGGUGGUGGUGAUAAGCAAGGAGGAGGAGGAGCGGGAGGAGAAGGCCAUCGCCUCCAAGGGCUUCUACCUGCACGCGUCGCCGAGGGGCGCCGCCGCCGGCGACGGCGACCGGCCCAAGCUGCUGCCGCUCUUCCCCGUCCACUCCCCCAGGAGCGCCUACUACGCCUCCUAAUCCGUCGUCGUCACGUCUGUGCAUGUGUGUUCGCGUCGCCGGAAUAUCAAGGAAUUCCGGCGACGCUAGCUACUAGCAGGGUUCAUCAAUCUCUCCGCAGUCUGUGCCCCGCCUGUUUGCGUUAGAAUUUAAUUUAGAGGAUCCAAUCUUGCUAGCCCCGAUGUUAUUAACGAGCUAGGUUUUAGCUUAGCGUCUAAUCUUCUCUCGAUCUCUGUCCUAUAUAUCUCCAUCUAUUUAACCGUGCAAUCCAUCUCAUGAGCAGCAGUGAUCUGAUCUUGUGCGCA